AACCUGCGUGCUUCAACCCUCUCUGCACCUCUUCACUUUACGAGAUCGCCUGCCUCAUCUCUACAUCAUAUAAUCCUAAUUCCCCAGCUCUUGCUUAAUAAUUUCACCUCUUUUCGCAUCACAAUGCCCGUUGAGCUCCGGAAGCGCAAGGCGCCCGCGCCCGCGCCCGCCCCCGAGCCACCUGCUAAGAAGCAGUCUAAAGUCUCAAAAGCAGCCGCCAAGGUCAAGGCGGCAGUCAAGAGCGCCGCUCCUGCGAAGCCUGCCGAGACUAAUGGCUCCACGAAACCCGGGAAACCUGCCGUUGGCGAUGUGAUUUCUCUUGACGAAUUCGGUGGCGAAGUCGAGACCAAUGAUGGUGUCAAGACGACUCUCAAGGCUCUCGUGGAUGAGAGCAAGGCCGGUGUCGUGCUCUUCACAUACCCCAAGGCCUCCACGCCCGGGUGCACCAAUCAAGUCUGCCUGUUCCGGGACGCGUACACGGACCUCACCAAGGAUGGACUACUCAUUUACGGUCUUUCCACAGACUCGCCCAAGGCCAACACCACAUUCAAGACCAAACAGAACCUGCCAUACCCGCUCCUUUGCGACCCAAGCGCAACAUUGAUUGGCGCCAUCGGGCUCAAAAAGACCCCCAAAGGCACCCAGCGUGGCGUUUUCGCAGUGGACAAGACCGGCAAAAUCCUACUCGCGGAACCAGGGAGCCCCGCUGGCACGGUAAACGCAGUCAAGGAGCUCGUCGCAGCUGGCGGCUUCUCCACCACAAAGGGUGAGGCUGCCGCAGACAAGCCCACGAAUGGAGAGGCUGCUGAGGAGAAGAAGGCCGGCGAGGUUGAUGGAAAGCCUGCCGAGUAAUAGCAAAUUGGGAACGAUCUAAAUGGAGUUGGAUGCUGGCCUUUAUUUCAACUGUCCCUCGAUUUCUGAAUCCACCUUGUAACAUCACAUAUGCGCGGCCCGUAUUUCCUCGUCCCUGUCCCCCCCGCUUCGUUCUGGAUGGCUGCAGCAUGUCACGUGUGCUCUGUAUACCCCUCUGCUUGACAGGCUGCCAGGCACUUCCUUCUCCGUCUGAUAUGCCAAAGAAACACCAAUGUAUGGUGCCUGAACUCAGCAACAUUUGUCGCCCACGACGGGUAUUCUGAUCCAAUAUAACCAAUAUUCUGUAGCGUAUUUUCUGCCUCGGAUGAAGAUAUGGUCAUUGCAUUCGUAGGCUAAGGGCCUUUCUUCACAGCAAGGACGCGUCUGAUCGCAGCUGAUUGGCUGGCACUAGAAACAGCCCUCAUAUUGGCGCAUAACAGAGUAGGAGCACGCCAGAAAGCCAGAUGUUAUAUGAUUAGUAGUCACCACAGAUGGUUACAUUCCUUGAGGACAUCUCAUGUUGGUUUGGUCGCGAUGUAGUCGAGUGGUAGACAAUGUCUAAGCCAUUCUAAAUCCAAUUCUAUACAAAAGUUAAUCACUUGCUAAACUGUAGUAGUAAUAAAUUCACUAUGCGUCUAAUCUCAAAAGGGUUGGUCCUAAACUGCAAAGUAUA